CCGCGCGGCCCUGGGCCGGGGGCUGGUACCUGUCCGCCCGCGAGCAGCGAGAGGAGGCGGCGGCGGAGGAGGAGGAGGACGGAGAGUCCGCCCCGCUGCUGCCGCCGGCGCGCAGCAAUCCUCCAAACCGUGGCUCCUCCUUCGGUUUCUCGGUGUUUAAUUUAAUGAAUGCGAUCAUGGGAAGUGGGAUACUUGGCUUAUCCUAUGCUAUGGCCAACACGGGCAUCAUAGGGUUUAGUGUCUUGCUGCUGAUUGUUGCCAGCCUUGCUUCUUACUCUGUCUUCCUCCUGCUCAGUAUGUGCACUCAGACUGCUGUCACUUCUUAUGAAGACCUUGGCCUGUUUGCAUUUGGGUCAGCUGGAAAGGUCCUUGUUGCAACUACAAUAAUUAUCCAGAAUAUUGGAGCUAUGUCAUCUUAUCUUUUCAUUGUUAAGUCUGAACUCCCUGGUGCCGUUGCGGGGUUCUUGAGUGGAGACGUGAGUGGGUCUUGGUACCUCGAUGGCAGACUGCUGCUGCUGAUUACUUCAAUCUGCAUUAUUUUUCCUCUUGCACUUCUUCCUAAAAUUGGCUUUCUUGGCUACACAAGUAGUUUAUCAUUUUUCUUCAUGGUGUACUUUGCUCUUGUGGUUGUGAUAAAGAAAUGGUCAAUCCCUUGUCCUCUACCUCUAAGCAGUGCCAUAGAGACUUUACAGGUUUCAAAUUCUACUGGGGAUUGUAAACCAAAGCUCUUUCAUCUUUCAAAAGAGAGUGCUUAUGCAAUACCAACUAUGGCCUUUUCUUUUCUCUGCCAUACCUCAGUCUUACCCAUCUAUUGUGAACUCCAGAGUCCAUCCAAAAGUAGAAUGCAGAGUGUAACUGUUGUGGGAAUUGGCCUGAGUUUCCUAAUUUACUUUAUAUCUGCUCUGUUUGGGUACCUGACGUUUUUUGACAAAGUGGACUCUGAAUUGCUACAAGGUUACAGCAGGUACCUGCCACACGAUACUGUGAUCAUGACGGUUAAAGUAGCCGUGCUGUUUGCUGUGCUUUUGACAAUCCCUCUAAUCCAUUUCCCAGCAAGGAAAGCUGUGUUCAUGGUAUUUUUCUCGUACCUUCCCGUGUCGUGGAUUUGCCAUAUCCUUGUCACUCUAACGCUGAACACAAUUGUUGUUUUGUUUGCAAUGUACGUGCCAGACAUGAAAAUGGUUUUUGGAAUAGUUGGUUCAACCACAUCAACGUGCUUGCUUUUUGUGUUUCCUGGACUAUUUUAUCUCAAACUUAACAGAGAGGACUUUUUAUCACCACAGAAACUUGGGGCAUGUGCAUUGGUUAUUUGUGGCAUUUCUGUUGGCCUUCUGAGUUUAGUUGUGAUAAUAUUCAAUUGGAUUGAUCAAUAACAGCCCAUUGUCGUUGUCAAACUAAGCUUCAGGACAGCAAGACCCAGAGACAUGUGAAAACUACUGAAACAAGUGCUGGACAUCAUAAACCCUGACCAAAGCUGACUGUGGAAGAAAUAAUGCUCUUUUUCACUGUGUUAGUGUUGUUCCUUCUUUAAUCUCGAGUCACUGUCUUCAACUGUUGGACAAUUAGUCUUUGCUAUUCUAAAAGCUUAGUUUUCAAGGAUGUGACCAUGACAGGUGAAAAGGUGUCUUGAGAAUUUCUGCAAUGCAAAAAUGGUUUAUUGCACAUGGUGAACAAAAGCAGAACCUCGAAAUAACUUCUGUUUUGAAGACAUGAGGUGGACAGAUAUUACAUCAGUGAUGGUGUGAGUAUCAGGGUAUGUGCAUUUAGGAUAAUACACGUUAUCCUAAACUGUGAAAGACAUCUGUUGCCUGAAUAACUUCCAAAAUUUCAGCCAGUUCAUAUUAAGAACUUCCUGAUUCCAAAUGUUUACCCUAAUUUAUUCUAACGUGGAUCCAGAAACCAGCUGCCUUGGCCCAGUUUAAUGGGCACAUCAUGAUAAUAUUUGUUAACUGUCAUUUUAAAAUACAGUUUUUAUAGCUCGGUGCACUUGAAUCACACUGAAGUCAUUUUUAAAUUAGAAGGCUUUGCCCAUCCAGCACAAGAGCUUUCAGUAGCAUUAGGAGGUAUUUCCAUUUUCCAGCUAAUAAUAGACAUUUUUCAAUGAACACCUACAUUGAGUAUUAUUCAGCAUACCUCAGUAUUCAUCCCAGACUUUGUUUCUUUUUUCUCCUAUUCCCAUUUUUUACCAGUGUUUCAUAUUUGAAAUAGUGUGUUUCUCUAUUUUAUAUACAGUUAUGUGUCAGCAAAAGUUUGGGCUUGGAUGGUAAAAUUUUGCUUCUGUUGAAGACACAGGAAAUUUUCUGUUUAUGGAACCCUAAUUUUACCUCUGAUCUCUAUAAAUUUCUAACUUUUUUUGUCCCCUAAAUGAAAUGUGAACACAAUUUUCAAGACCAGCUGAAAAUGUGAUAUUGGGUACCCUUGUCCCCAGUGUUCCUCUUGUUAGUAGAAUGAAACCAGUGGCUGGUAUCAUGGUGAGAUUUUUAAAAGUUGUUUUUAUCAGAUGGGAUCUGAUGUCUUUAAAAUAGCCUAAUCUCCUCAGAGACUCCAUACCCUAAGGAAGCUAAACCUCCACAGAAAUAAAUGGCUUGUGUGAAGCUAAGAAAUUAGACCUCAGCCUCAAAUGGCAUGAUUUAGAGAGUGAGAAAGUUCUUCAUUAUUUCCAGAUGUAAUGCUUGUUUUAAUUUAGCUUAGUGAUUUUACAGAAGUGAAAUAAGAUACAGGUGAAUCACAGCAAAGUCAUACAUUUCUGUAAUAUGCAAGCAGCUAGUCAGGAACAUUCAAGUAAUUGUUUCUGUCCCUAAGCUGCAUUGUUAGCAAAUUAGCUGACUGUUGCUAGAAAGUCCUGCAGAAACAGUUCUGUUACUGACAACGGUUUUAUCAGCUGAGGUCAGGAAGAUGCCCCAGAGCCUGGCAUUUCUGACAGCUUGGCACAGGGGAUGUGCUGGAGACCUUUUAAGUUAUGUCAUGUUGGAUUUGGGAAACAUUGAUUGGUGUGUCAACUCUAACCUAACCCUGAUGGAAUGUGCUUCAUCCUCACCUGCCUAACAGGGAGGAAAAGCAAAUAGUAGAGUUGGAGUCACCUUCUCCAUUCCUGAGCUGACAGACUGGGAUUUCUCACGCCAGCAGAUUCCUGGGCUCUCUCAGGAUCCGUAAGAUACUUUUCAUUUUUCAUAGAUGGCCUGAAGGCACCCAGAUGGUGCAGCUUUGUGCUGCCUCAGGAAUCCUUUUUGCCUCAGGAAUGUUCUUCUGCUCAGGGGUUUAAUAUAGAAGUAAGCCUGUGUGGUGAGUCCUGGGAACUAACUCAGAAGUUUGGUAAGAUUCCAAAGAAAAGGAUCCCUCAAAAACACUGCAGUUAUUUUUGUAAUUAAGAUUCACAACACAAGGUGAACCAUCUAAUAGGUCACCACUACCAGAAACAGCAUGUCCUCUCUUGGCCAGGAGUUCACAACAACUUCAGUGGUGCUGGCAGUGGCUCCUGGUCAGUGUGUUUCACUAGCGGAAAACCAACGUGACCACGACAUGCGACAUGUUGGCUGCCAACAAAUUGAACUGAGUGAGCUCAGUUUAGGACAGGAAAAG